CGGCGGCGGGGCGGGGCGGGGCCGCGAACUCUGACCCCCGGCUCGGGAGCCGCCGCCGCCAAAUAAAGCCGCCGGAGCGCCGCCGGGCCCCGCAGGUUCUGAAAAAUGAAGGCAAGAAUCCUAAGUCUGAUGUGAAAAAGGGAACCUGGUAGAGCAAUGAAGCAGUAAUUGCAAUAUUCAGCUAUUGACUCACUAGUUGAAUCGUUGCUUGCAGGGAUCUCUAAAGAGCGAUUGUGCACACCUGAUGUGAAGUAUAACAUAGGUACCUUAGAUCACGCUGAUUACAAAGGAUGUUUGCAGUGGAGGAGGUUGUACACCAAUGUGAGCCAUAGCUUGGCUUAUGUCACAUCAGCUCCUCAGUCCAAAAUUCAGUUUCCGUUCUGAAGAGCUGUGAUACAUAAUCAAGGACAUCAGUGCAACUCCUGACGAAGUACUCCUAGCUCUCAUCCCACCUAUAAUACACAGAUGGGCAAGCCUUUCAUCUUGCUCACAAGAGAGGGAUCCUGUUACAGACAGGUGUUAGCCCCAGUACAGAAUUCUGUCAUAACUGGUGCAAAUUCUCGCCAUGCUGUUGUGGCAUGUAUUUCAUUUUAAAUAAUUCCUGCACAUUGGACUUUUUGGACACAUUGGACUGUGAGAAAUUUCAGACUCGAGUUCAUGGAAGAACUCCAGUUUGUGGUUUACUCAGGAGUCUGCCCUGUGAGUGCUUCAGCAAACUUUAUGGAAGUCGAUGGAGGAAGCAAUCAUAAUUUAAAAAUAACAAGUUCAUCCAUAGGAUCGAAAAAUAAAAACUCCAAGGCUCAUCUCACAACAGUUUAUAGAGCUGUGGGAAAAUAUGGGAGACUUCGGAUGGCUUAAGUGGAUGUAAAUUCUCUUGCUGUGGAAAACGGUGACCCUACAAUUUCACUCCACCACUGGUGCAGGAGUAGCAUUUGUAUGAUUACCCAUUCCCAAGGAGCUGUUACACAAACACUAAUGGAUGGGACAGCACAACGAAUACAGAUCGUACCUUCAGAUUCAGGCCUCUCUUUACCACAGCGUAUACAGGUCCUUCGCCCCUUGUCUUUUUUCACCUCACUCAUCGAUUCUUGCUUCAAAAUGGAUGAUUGUCACAGAUCAGCAGACGGGCCAGAAGAUUCAGAUUGUUACAGCACUUGAUCAGAGCUCAGCAGGCAAGCAGUUCAUCUUAACAAAUCAUGAUGGCUCUACCCCAAGCAAGGUGAUCCUUGCCAGACAAGAUUCCACUCCAGGAAAAGUAAUCCUAGCAACUCCAGAUGCUGCAGGUGUCAACCAACUGUUUUUUGCAUCCCCUGAUAUAUCUGCACAACACAUCCAGAUUUUAACAGACAACUCUCCCAAUGAACAGGCCCUAAAUAAAGUGUUUGAUCUGUGUGUUGUAUGUGGAGACAAGGCAUCAGGGCGUCACUAUGGAGCGGUAACUUGUGAGGGAUGUAAAGGAUUCUUUAAAAGGAGUAUACGCAAGAAUUUGGUUUAUUCAUGUCGAGGAACAAAAGACUGUGUUAUCAACAAACACCACCGGAAUCGAUGUCAGUACUGUAGGCUGCAGAGAUGCAUAGCAUUUGGAAUGAAACAAGAUUCUGUGCAAUGUGAGAGGAAACCUAUUGAAGUGUCAAGAGAAAAGUCUUCAAACUGUGCAGCUUCUACAGAAAAGAUCUACAUUCGGAAAGAUCUUCGCAGUCCAUUAGCUGCAACUCCAACUUUUGUAACAGACAAUGAAACAGCAAGGUCGACAGGUCUGCUGGAAUCAGGAAUGUUUGUUAACAUUCAUCAGUCUGGGAUAAAAAGCGAGCCUACUGUUUUGAUGACUCCAGAUAAGGUUGAAGCCUGUCAGGGAGAUUUAAGUACACUGGCAAAUGUGGUGACAUCACUAGCAAACCUCGGUAAAUCCAAAGACAUGUCACAAAGCAGUACAGAGCUAUCUAUGAUUGAGAGUUUAAGUAAUGGAGAUGCGUCAUUAUCUGAACUCCAGCAAGAAGAACAAGCUAGUAGUGAUGUUACAAGGAGUCGCUGCCCCACCUCAAGGGAUACUAAGGAUGGUAUUGAAAGCAUGGCAUUUGAUACCCUUGCAAAAGCAUUAAAUCCAGGAGAGAGUGCAGCGUGCCAGAACUCUGACAGCGUUGAAGGCAGCGUCCAGCUGAUCGGGGGAGAAACAAGCAUGAAUAUCGUUGAAAUAGAGGGCCCACUGCUCAGUGAUGCCCAUGUAGCAUUCAGGCUCACCAUGCCUUCUCCUAUGCCUGAAUAUCUUAAUGUUCACUAUAUCUGCGAGUCUGCUUCCAGGUUGCUGUUCUUGUCCAUGCACUGGGCACGUUCCAUUCCGUGUUUCCAAGCUUUAGGACAGGAUAACAGCAUAUCAUUAGUAAAAGCCUGCUGGAACGAACUUUUUACGCUUGGUCUUGCACAAUGUUCACAAGUUAUGAACGUGGCAACUAUGUUAACUGCAUUUGUUAAUCACCUUCAUAGCAGUUUACAGCAAGAUAAGCUGCCAACAGACAGAGGAAAACUAGUAAUGGAGCAUAUCUUCAAAUUGCAAGAGUUCUGUAACAGUAUGGUUAAGCUUUGCCUGGAUGGAUAUGAAUAUGCAUAUUUGAAAGCAAUCGUACUCUUCAGUCCUGAUCACCCAGGUCUAGAAAAUGUGGUACAGAUAGAGAAAUUUCAAGAAAAGGCUUACAUGGAGUUCCAAGACUAUGUAACAAAAGCAUAUCCAGAUGAUACUUACAGACUGUCUAGACUCCUUCUCCGAUUGCCUGCUCUUAGGCUGAUGAGUGCUGCCAUCACCGAGGAGCUGUUCUUUGCAGGACUAAUUGGAAAUGUUCAGAUUGAUAGCAUCAUCCCAUAUAUCCUGCGAAUGGAGACAGCGGACUAUAACACUCAAAUAAUUGGUCAUGCCGUAUAAAAGUAGCAAUCAAGGAUUCUGCACCAUGGCAGUCAUGGUGAUGUAAAUGCAUACCCUGUCUCCAAGAGAUGGCAAUAAGCCUUCACAUGCACCUAUCUAAAGAAGGCUAAUAUUCCUCCUUUCCAGUACAAUUGGGAAAUGUGGUGGAGUGUCUGAAGGAAUAUAGGAUCGCUUCCUAUUUUUCAUCUGAUCUUCAAGGACUUGUAAAUUAACUUGAUAUCUGAAGAAAGUCAAGAAUUGUCCAUCCUAUUUUUGUAGAUAGAUGAACUUGGAAUAUUUGUUUAUGAAGUCCAGGCUUGUGAAGAAAUUGAAGAAGCUUUGACUGAACUAAGGUAUCUCAACUUAGUUUGAUGUUUUAGGCAAAUAAAUUAACUUUCCUCUCUGA